AUGGACACGCAAGGGUACGCGGUUCCAAGGAAAGAUCUCACCAAGACGCUUAUGGCCACCGAUAUCCACGCCAUUUUCUCCGAUAAAUCGUAUCCGAUUUCUCCGUUUCUUCUCGGAUUCUCUGCUCUCUCACCGAACAAGUCAGUUCACUAA